UUCUCUUUCGCGUGCGCCAAAACCAAGUAACCAAGUUAACAAGUUGCCGGCCGAAAUAAAUUUCAGUUUCUGUUUCAGUUUCAGUUGCAGCUUCAGUUUCGAUUUUGUUUUCAAACUCAAUUUAGUUUCGGUUUCGGUUUCGAUUUCGAUUGCCCUCAACUCGAGUGUUAUAGAUCUAUUUUGAAGUGCUCGAUUGAUUGGCCGAUUGAUUAGCGGGCCACGUGAAACAUGGGAGUCAAUGGAAAUAGGAAGUUAAUGUCGACCCUGCUGAUUGGUAGUAUCCUGCUGAUGGGUCUGGUUUUGGUUCAGGGCGAGGAUCACAACUCCAGGGAUGCGCCCCAUAUAAGACACAAGCGCGGGAUCAUCUGGGACUUCUUUCAGAAGAUGGUCAUCACCAAGAACCUCAUAGUGGAUCAAUACACGGAUACCCGAAAUACCCUGAAUGAUAUUUACAAUACGGUUAACGAGCAGUUCAGUGACCCAGGUCCCGAAAAACCCACUAGUCGUCCAAGGGUCACAACCGAGAAAACUUCUAUAAGCGGUGAGGAAAGUGGCAGCAAUAGCGAGGAACCCACCACAACGGAGGCCUUCCAGAUAUCACGUUACGAACUGGGUCGCAUCCUGGGCAGAAACUUCCGGGGUCUUCAAAAACUGGCCAUGACCGAGUUCAACACUGCCCUUAACGCCACCAAGUACAAUCUGGCGGAGUACAAGUCGGAGGCGGACAAGCAGUUCGCCAAUAGUUUGGCGGUGGAGAAGAAGAACAAGCUGAAGAGUCUCAAGGGCUGAGCCACGCCCCCUUUCCCAGUGCCUAAUGGUUGUCUCUGUGAUAGGCUGAUGACUGUAUUCCCCUAUUUUGUUGCUUAUUUAUUUGUUCGCCUACUCGCAACUGUAUCGAAUAAAAUGCGGAUGUGGAUGCGGCCAGGGAAGUGUCCCCGAACGCAUACGGAUUCGUAUCUACGACUUUUGUGUGUCAAAUUAAAAAGUUUUCUGUCAUAAUUUUAUUGAUAAACUUUUAAGUUAAAAAAGCAGCACCGAAAAAAGUGGAAAACAAACACCGAAACGGAAGAGAGUAGCAGGAAGGAAGAGAAUGAAAAUGAAAACAUUUUAAGACGGAAAAGCUGCUGGGAAAACUACACAAGCUGAAGCUCCACUCUGGAUUGUUGUGGGUUUCUAUAGGUAUAUUUAUUAUUUUUGUAUAUAGUUUAAUUUGUAACUACAUCAAUUUCAAAACAAGUUUGCUAGUUAAGAAAAUUCGAAGAAAUUCUUGUUAGUCGGAUUAUUUGUUAUC